AAAUUGGCUGCCGCGGACUUUGCGCUGCUGAUUUCAUUACCACAAAUAAACAAGGCCUAGUCUCCGCAUUUAUCAACAACGGUCAACAUCGCGCUGUGCAUUGAAGGAGACAAUUCGUACCUAAGAACAGGAUGGAGGGACAGUGGUGCGUCCUCCUCUUCAUCUUGUGCAGUUUACACAGACAGAGUUUGGUCUUUGCCGAUGGUGACACUGGAGGGGCGCGUAGACACCAAAGAGACGUCAGCAAUGCCGUUAACUGUACGUUUGACAGUGGUGUCUGCAACUGGAAACAAGAUUCGAGUGAUACUUUUGAUUGGACGCGACAAAGAGGAGGAACGCCAUCGGAUGACACGGGGCCACAGAAAGAUCACACGACCGGAUCUGGAUAUUACAUGUACACCGAGGCUACCUCAAAAAGCAGGGGAGCAGUGGCACGUCUGAUGAGCCCAGAUAUUGCUCAGGGUGCAUAUUGCCUCCAGUUCAUGUACAGUAUGAGAGGAAGGAACAUGGGGACGCUGAACGUAAAAACCAAAAAGCCACAUGAGAUGACGACGGUCUGGACAAAGAAUAAAGAUUUAGGUCCCGGGUGGUCGUUUCAAUUCCUGGAUAUCAAUGAAAGUACCACUUUUAAGUUGGUGUUUGAAGGAAUACGUGGCAGUGAUUACCAGAGCGACAUUGCCAUUGAUGACGUAUCCAUAACUGUGGGAAAAUGUCUACAAAACCAACAGUUCAACUGCACUUUCGAUAUCUUUUCGUGUGGAUGGACCGACCUCCCAGCGGACAUCCAGUGGAUAAAAUACAGAGGAUCUACCACGACCAGCGCCACUGGGCCACGGCGAGACCAUACUUCUGGUAGUGGUUCUUACAUGUACAUCGAGGGUACCGGCACCAGCCCCGGGGUCAAGGCCAAACUCCUCAGUCCUGAAGUACCACCAGGUGGAGAGAGGUGUCUACAGUUCUUCUACCACAUGUACGGACAGCACAUGGGCAACCUUACUGUCCUAUUGAAUAAAACGGAGCCAAUAUGGAUUCGAAACGGCAGCCAUUCAAAUGCGUGGGAGAGAGGUCUAGUUACCCUCAACGAAACCUCGUCGCCAUUUACGGUUGUCUUUCAAGCCGUCCGAGGCAGUGACUACCUCUCCGAUAUUGCCAUCGAUGAUAUAUUCAUCUUCGACAGCCAAUGUCCCGAUGCUACUGAUGAUUUCAACUGUACAUUUGAGGAUGGAAUUUGUGGUUGGGAACAAGACUUUGAGGAUGAUUUUGAUUGGAAUAGACGUGAGGCCGAUACCACCGGAGGGACGGAUUAUACAACUGGGACUGCAUACGGCCACGUUAUGAACGCGGACAUCCCAAGACGUAAUACUAGCGGGCGUUUCAUCAGCCCAGAAGUUCCACCUGGUUCGAAGUGUCUCAAGUUCGCCUAUAAAAUGCGUGGCGAUAACCUGGGAACGCUAAGUGUUUUAGUCGAAACGGAUCAAAAUAUGAGUUUGACUUUGUGGUCAAAUAGUGCCAAUAGAGGAAAUAUAUGGAGGGUUGCAUAUGUCAACAUUACCGAAAUGUUUCCCUUUAAGAUUGUUUUUGAUUCUUGGAUUGGAAAUUCAUCAACAAGGGGUACUGGAAGUGAUGACACUGCAAUUGAUGACGUCACACUUUUCGACCAUGUUUGCCCUAAAGCUUCAAACUCAUUCAACUGUACCUUUGAUGGUGAAGAGGAAGAAUGUGGAUGGAUCCACGAAGAUUCGUCAGAUGACUUCGACUGGCUCCUUAACAAAGGGCCAACUUCUUCUAGUGGCACGGGUCCUCGCGCUGACCAUACCAGUGGGAAUGGUUCCUACAUGUACAUCGAAGUAACAUCCAAACGAUAUGGCAUGAAAGCACACCUGGUUAGUCCAGAGGUGAAAGCCACUGGGUCGAUGUGCCUCGAAUUCUUCUACCACAUGUUCGGACAACGAAUAAAUGCUCUGAACGUGUACAUCAAGACUGAGCAAAAUCGGACGUACCCUAUCUGGCAACUGACUGGCAACCAGGGAAAUAGCUGGAAGCCGGGAUCGAUCGCAAUCAGCGGAUUCCCCAAGUUUCAGGUCAUAUUCGAAGGUGUCUCCGGCUCAGAAUAUGAGGGUGACAUUGCAGUAGAUGAUGUGACCAUAACUGAAAAAACAUGCCGGACAAUGCCUGCAUUAUUCAACUGUACUUUCGAUGCGAACAUGUGCGGCUGGACUGGCCAAAUUUGGGAAAGAUUAGCCUCAAACUCCUCCACUGGCAAUGAUACCAGCGGGUAUGGGUAUGCACUGGGAAGAAAACAUCCAUGUGCCUCAAUAACUGAUUACCUGAGUAGUCCGAGAGUUGUCCCGAAAGGACCACAUCAGUGCAUUCGCUUUUACUAUCAGACACUGGGGAAAAAUGCAGAACUUAAAAUGCAUCUCAACGCAACGGGGUCUCAUCCACGACCAUACUGGACCAACAGAGGCGAUUUGAGCAACUCGUCGUUGCAAGGAAAUCCCUGGAGUUUGGCAGUGGUGCAGGUUAACUCUUCCACACCAUACAAGGUUUCAUUUGAAGCGGCUUGUUUGUGGCACCGCAUCGGAGCCAAAGCCACUGUGGUUUUCUUGAUUGAUGACGUUACGAUUGCCAAUGAUACUUGUUUUAAACCGCCACCUGUAUACAACUGCACCUUUGACAAGGACAUUUGCGGCUGGGAACAAGAUAGCAAAGAUGACUUCGACUGGACGAGACAGAAAGGAUCCACACCGUCAUCGGACACCGGGCCAAGCAACGACCAUACUCUUGGGACGAGGGCUGGCUAUUACAUGUACAUCGAAGCAACCUCGAAAAGCAGCUUUUCAAAAGCACGCCUGAUUACCCCAGAGGUUCCAAAAGGUCCAAAGUGCUUACAGUUCUUCUAUAGCAUGCGAGGAAAGGACAUUGGUAGCUUGAAUAUUUACACCACGAAAACGGGGAACAGUCGAGUACGCGCCUGGACAAAGAGUGGCAAUUUGGGCCCUAUAUGGAAACAAGCUCUGGUUUCAUUAAAUGAGAGUGACGCGUUUCAGGUCAUAUUUGAAGGCGUGAGAGGAAAAGAUUACGCUGGUGAUAUAGCUAUUGAUGAUGUAACUAUAAUGGACGCGAACAAAUGUCCAGAGGCGCUGAAUACCUUCAACUGUACCUUUGAUGAAAGUGAGUGUGGAUGGACUCAAAAUUCAGGAGACGAUUUUGAUUGGACCCUCCACCAUGGGAGCACGCCUACAUCCGGCACAGGACCUUCUUCGGACCAUACCACUGGAAGUUCAGGUGGUCUUUACAUGUACAUUGAGGCCACAUCUAUUCGAAGUCGUGCCUAUGCUCAGCUGAUCAGCCCGGCUGUAUCUACGGCCAGACCAGCUUGUCUCCAGUUUUUUUAUCACAUGUAUGGAAGUCAUAUGGGUACAUUAAACGUCUACACAAGAAGUGCCCAAAACACAACAUCGUCUUCUUUGUGGACUAGAGGGAACAAUCUGGGAAAUCGAUGGAGGCGUGGUUUAGUCACUAUCAACCAGACUUCUCCGUUUAAGGUUAUUAUGGAAGGCGUCCGCGGCAAUGACUAUGAGGGUGACCUUGCAAUUGAUGACAUAACAAUAUCAAAUGGCACAUGUCUUAACAAUUUUUCAGAUUCAGCGGCAGUUAAUUGUACCUUUGACGAUGACGAGUGUGGUUGGCAACAGACUAACGUCAAUGAUGAUUUUGAUUGGACGUUGCAUAAAGGAGCAACCCCGUCAUCUGGUACCGGUCCUACACAGGACCGUACUCCUGGAGUAGGUGGAAAUUAUAUGUAUAUCGAGGCCAGUAAUUCGCGCACGAAUGCCAAAGCACACCUUCUGAGUUCAAACGUGAAUGGCACUGGGAGGAUGUGUCUGGAGUUUUUCUAUCAUAUGUGGGGCACUCAUAUUGGAACUCUCAACGUGUAUCAACAAUUAAUUCGGGGAUCGAAAGACAAAGUUUGGAGUUUAAGCGGGGCCCAGGGGAACUAUUGGAAACGGGGCAAUGCCGAAGUCAACGCGCCGGUUGGCACGACAUUAAAACUACUUUUCGAAGGUAUAAGAGGGGGGGACUAUGCAGGUGACAUUUCCAUUGAUGACAUAACCCUGUCUAAAAGGCCAUGUGCACCCGGGUUGGUAACGGUUUCACCCACGACAACAUCUGCCUCCUCGACGCGAGGUCGUACUUUUCCGUCUACCAUGCCUUCCCGUCGACCGACCAGAUGUGAGGCGACACGGAGCAAAGAUGGCUCGCUUGGUGUUCUAUCCAGUAACCCGUAUCUUCGUGUUUUGAGUUGCUCCUGGACAAUUAUGGUGCAGUCUGGCUCAACUAUCAACCUGCACGUUCGUUGGGAGGCAGUUGAUAAUGCCCUGUGUGCCUAUCGAACCCUGGUCGUGUAUGAAAAGGAGAUGACAGAAAUCGGGACAUUUUGUGGAAAUGAAACCACGUGGGAUAUUCGCUCAAAGGAUAAUGUCCUGCGCAUCACCUACGAUCAGAACAUCCCAACUCGUUACCCUGUUAAAGGUUUCACGGCCAGUUGGAUUGCUGUUUCUGGCGGCAACGUUGUGAGGGGUCCGAAGUCUCGUUCUUCGGACUGGGUUCCGCAUGUUGUUGGCGUGACACUGUUCCUUGUUUUGGUUGUCAUCGUCGCUAUGGUCGUCAUUGCCUUUUUGUACAAAAGAAAGUAUGCGUGUUUUUCAAAAAAGUCUGACGAUCCACAGCUUAUCGACCUGACGGAUAUCAAAGAAGACGGAUCAUUCUUUGGCGGCGGGAGCUAUUCUCGGCUGAGAGAGAGCACCGGAACCAUUGAUUCGGGCUACCGAACCCCUGAGCAAAGGAAGGAGGAGUCCGUGAGGGAGUUUAAAGAGUAUCUCCAUGCCCAAGGUGUGACCGAGUCUACCUACCACACCCUCGCAAAGGAGGGAUUCCGACUCCCGAAGAUGUUCGAAUUGCUCAAACCUGAGGACGUUAGCAGUCUCCCCAUCAAGCAAUUCGCCCAGGUCCUGCUUGUGAAGGAAAUCACAAAGGACUUCCAUAAUCAGCAAGGUGCUUUGGCAGGUCUGGACGGAACUCCAGACAGGGACACACAUAGGAAGGAACCUGAUAACAAUGAUAACCAGAAGAGCACAGGAUUAUAGACACGCUGUAACAAAAGAACAUUUCAACAGGGUAAUCCGCUAGAAAACUGGCCGACGUAUUACAUAUGUAUCUCAGAGACCACGCCUAAUGAUCCGCAGACAUUCCGCUUGAACAUGUUGCGUUACUUCGGUCCUUGCACCUUCUCGAGAAGAGUUAUUGGACCGACGCACAAUCACGGCGCAGCAUGGAACUAGAGCAUCUUGGCUAAUGCGGGCCGGCGCGGUGUGCAAUAUAUAGACAAAAAUAUUAUAGAAUAUAUAGCGUGCAUAAAAUUAAUCGAGCAUUGGAAUUGCGAAACUGGUGGCUCUAUGAAUGUAGAUCUGAUUGUUUUUAGUAGUUGUCCUUAUAACUUUUAAUGUAAAUGUGGUCGCAUAAUACCAGCUACCCCUUGCAGCUACCCGGUACAUAUUGUAUGUGUGUAACCAUCGAAUAAUUGGAAGACCAUGCGAAUGCUAUGGGGUUUUGAUUUCCAGAUGGUAACACGAGAUGAUAAGACGACAGCAAUCAUGCCCCGGCUGGCUCAUUCUAUCCAGCAUCAUUCGUCGUGUUUGAGAAAACAAAGUGUCAUGCCGCGGUUUGUAACCACUCCCAAAACAAUAAGUCAUCUCCAAGAUCCUACCAAAAGGCGCCAUUUCGCCAGCCCGGUUGUUUAAAAAGCAUGUUGACACGUUGUUCCAGGUAUAUCAUGCAUGUAACAACAUGUCGGCAUGAUUUUAUGAACUAACAUGCCUUCUAACAACCGGACGAUGACCAUGCGAAUGAUCGAGAGACACUACAGGACUUCUUUCAUUCCCAAAUGUCACGAUAUAUUCAUCCAUUAGAUACGUUUUUAGGGAGAGUAACUACUUCGUGCUGAUACAAACUACUUCUGCGCAUGUGCGCGCACUACUCAACCUCCUGCCAAAACUGUUAGUGGGAUGUGACGUUAUAGUUACCAAUGGUAAGAGAUAUAGAAGUGGAUACAGCUUGGCCAGAAAGCUUUUUUUAAUCUUUCGAAAGCAUCACGCGACCAACGGAUAACCUUGGGUUCAUCUUUUUGCUGUGAGGUUGGGUUAUACAGAACUUAGUUUUUGCAUGCAUAUAAUCACAUGAAUUCAAGGACUGCUUUUGUUGAAUAAUUCAUUUUAGAGCUCUAUAUAUAUAAUCUACCUGCCUUACAUGGAUGCAUUUUGUGAAGACUGUUAUAGGCAACUCAAAGCUAAGGCAUGAGAUAGUACUUAAACCUGAUUCACACUGAACUUGCGCUGGAGAAUCAAUUUUAUAUUCUAGGAUGAGCUUAUAAUGUAUAUAUCAUACACAAAUUAAAUUGUACACGAUGUAUUCUCGACAAGUUAGAAUAGAUUACAGAUUAUUACUAUAUA